AGUAAAAAAAAAAAAAAAAGAUAUAAAUACACACAACAGACAGUCUGGUUGUGAUAUCACAUAUAUUUUAUUCGACGCAAUUGCACACGAGUUGACAAAUAUAACUCAAAUUUAUUCAACAAAAAUGAAAUAUUGAACAGUAAAAUUAUCAGUAAUAUUUACAGAGAUGUGAAUUUAGAGCUGCCGGAUAAAAAAAAAAUCAACAAGUCAAUUGUUGACAGUGAGGAUAUAUUUAAACUCCAGACACUCUCUGUCGUCAGUUGAUAAAUAAUAAUAUCAAUUGCAAUUGAGGUGGUGGAUUACACACCCACAUUGGAUAUAUUGACCUACAGAAUAUUUAAAAUUUUAUAUCACGUCGUUGAUGACGCAACAAGCUGAAAUAAUAUACCACUAUCGUCACGCUGAUUUUUAAAAUCAUCAGUCAGUUGUCUCUUGAUUGUCAUCGUGUAACUAACCUAGGCUCUAGGUCUUUGUUUUUUCAUAUAUAUUUCGAUUUCGAAUCGACACAACAGCGAGAGAAAUUUUUUCGAAAUGGCAAAUUGCCUGAAAGAUUUACAUGCUAAAGUGCCCAAGCGAUAUAUCUUGGGUAUCUUGAUGUUCCUAGCAUGUAUGUUUUCGUAUGUAAUUCGUACGAAUUUAUCAAUUUCAAUUGUUGCAAUGGUAACAGCUGGAAAAAAUAAAACACAAGGACCUUAUUGCAAAGCCAUAACUCCAAUAACAAAUUCAACAAUUAAAUCUUCAAGUCCUCGUGCCAUUGAUGAAAAAUACGAUUGGGAUCAACAAAUUCAAGGAUAUAUUUUAGCGGCUUAUUUUGUUGGUCCAGUUGUUGCUAGUGUACCAGCUGGUAUGAUGGCUGAAAAAUUUGGUGGUGCACGAGUAGUUGCAUAUGCAACAUUAAUUCCUGCUCUUCUUAAUUUAUUGAUGCCAUUGGCAGCUGGUAUGCAUUGGACUGUUGUCAUUGUUCUUCGUUUUUUAAUGGGAUUUUUCGGAUGUGCAGUUUAUCCAAGUUUACAUGCAAUGAUAGCAAGAUGGGUACCAGCAAAUGAAAAAGGAAUGUUUGUAUGGACAAUGCAAGGUGGUCCAUUUGGUACAAUGGUUACAUUUAGUCUUUGUGGAGCAGUUAUACAUUCACUUGGUUGGAAAGCAGCUUUUUACAUAACAAGUGGAGCAAUAUUAGUGUUUUAUGCACUCUGGGUAUAUUUAGCAUAUGAUACACCAGAUACACAUCCAACAAUAACACAAGAAGAAAAAGCAUAUAUUAAAGAACAAAUUGGAUCAAGUAUUAGUAAACAAAAAAAUGCUUUGCCACUACGUAAAAUUCUAACAUCACCACCUUUUUUGGCAUUACUUUGGGCUCAUUUUGCAAAUAUGUGGGGAAUAUAUUUUAUAUCAACAAAUGGACCAAAGUAUACACUUGAAGUAUUGGGUUUUAAUAUGAAAUCUGGUGGUUUUUUAACUGGUUUACCAUAUAUAGCUAGGCUAGGAGCUGGUGUUGUAUUUGCAGCAUGUGGUGAUUAUAUUAGAAGAAAUAAUUUAAUACCACUUGUUUGGAUACGUAAAUUAUUUAUGAUAUUUUCACAUGUUGGUCCUGGUGUUGCUUUAAUUGUCAUGACAUAUGUUGGUUGUGAUAAAAAUUUUGCAAUUGUCAUGUUAAUUGCUGCACUUGCAUUUAAUGGUGCUGCUUGUCAAACGAGUCUUGUUAAUCAUCAAGAUCUUGCUCCAAAUUAUGCUGGCUCAUUGUAUGGAAUGAUGAAUACAAUUGGAAGUUUUCCUGGUUUUAUUAUACCACCAAUUGUUGGAUUACUUACUAAUCAACAAAAUGGCAUUGAAGAAUGGAGAUGGAUGUUUAUUAUUUCGGCAGUUGUAUUCUUUUCAGCUACAAUAUUAUUCUGGAUAUUUGGAUCAUCGACAAUACAAAAAUGGAAUGACAGUAGUGUUGCCAAAGGUGACGUCAGUUCAAUUGGUACUGAUGAGGAUAAACAGUUUAAUGAUCUUACUAGUACUAAGCUGCCAGUUCAAAGUGAAACUGAAGAUGAAAAUGAACGACUUUAAAUUUUUUAAAUGUUUAAAAGUAUUUUUUUUUUAAAUGCCAAUAUUCUUGUUAGUUUGUAGAAAAACAAAACAAAUAUUUCUAUAUUUAUUUGAACAAUAUUGAGAGAAAAAAUUUAUGAAUUAAUUAUUUUUCUAUUUUGUUUUUCUGCUCACUUGACGAAUCUCAAAAGAAAAAUAAUAUUUAUUAAUUAAAAGAGGAAAAAGAAAUUACGUGUGUUUAUAGAAAUUUUUUUUUUUUCGUUUUUAAAUAUUAUUUUGAGAAACAGUCGACUGAAUUUUUGUUAAACAACGAAACAACAUUUUUUUUUUUAAUUUAAAUUAAAACGUACUGCUCAGUUGUAUGAAGAAAAAAAAUAUAUAAUUUUGGAAAAUAUAUAUUUUCAUAAAUUAUAAAGAAUUAGAAAAUAAAAAAAUUAUUAUUUUGACAAUAAUAACGUGUAUAAAAACGGACUGAUAUUACAACUGCAUUUAAUUAUUUUAAAAAAUUUUCACAUGCGAAUUGUAAUAGUAGACUGUUUUUAUAGAAAAUAUAAAAAAAUAUAUAUCAACAAUUGAAAAUUAAAUUACAACAAACAAUAAUAAUUUUAAAAAAUAUAUCAAUGUAUUUUAAUGUAAAAAAAUUAUUUAUUAAUUCAAUUAUUUUUGUUAAUAAUAAAAAUAACAAAAAUAAUUAUUGUUUAAUGUUUAUUUAUGUAUUUUCAA